AUGGAGACGGCGGUUGGGCCUGUCGCCAUGGACACGGCGGCGCCGCCGGGCGGUCGGCGGCACGCGCUGCUCGCCGUGAUCGGGGAGAUCGGGACGGAGCCGGAGCGGGGCGCGCUGCGCGGAGCCCUGGAGCGCGGAAUUCGUUCCUGGAACAUUAAUACUCUUUACUGUGAUCUGAAUCAUCAACUGCGGCUCUUUGUAACCCGACAUCUGGCUCAGUUUUCUUCUGAAGUCCAAGGCCAAAGAACUCUCCAUCACCGGAGUGACACCCUGGAUACAGUGAUUCUGGUAAAUCCUAAUGUGGACAGCAUCGUGUCUGAGGUCCGCUCACUCGUGUGUGAUUCAUCAGCCCACAAACUACUGAUCCUCUGUGGUCAGAGCUCAGACCAGGAAGGAGACUUGGUCCUGCAGACGGGGACCUUCACUUACCAGAAGUUUGCCGAGAUACUUUCAGACCCGGAGGUCACCCAGAUUCUCAGCAACUCUGAUUCAGAUAUCAAGGCCUCUCUUACUGUGUCGUGCCUGGGAGAAGGAGCCUGGAGCAACCUUGGGCAUCCUCAAUUUCAGGACAUUAUUAAUCUGAAACUGAAUCCAGAUCCAGUUCUGCCGGAAAUGGAUGGGGUGUCUGAAUUUGCAGAAUAUGUCUCUGAGACAGUUGACGUGCCAUCUCCAUUUGAUCUCCUGGAGCCACCCACCUCAGGGGGUUUUCUGAAGCUUUCUAAGCCCUGCUGCUACAUAUUCCCUGGGGGAAGAGGUGAUUCUGCUCUCUUUGCUGUCAAUGGGUUUAACAUCCUUGUGGAUGGUGGCUCUGAGAGGAAAUCCUGCUUCUGGAAGCUGGUAAGGCACCUGGAUAGGAUUGACUCAAUCCUGCUCACCCACAUUGGUGCUGACAACCUGCCUGGCAUCAAUGGGCUGCUGCAGAGAAAAGUUGCUGAGCAAGAGGAGGAACAAUCCCAGGGCUCUACCAACUAUAGUGACUGGAUGAAGAACCUAAUUUCUCCUGAGCUAGGGGUGGUUUUUUUUAAUGUUCCUGAAAAGCUGAAGAUGCCUGAAGCCUCCAUGAAAGUAAAGAGGAGCAUCGAAGAAGCGUGCAUGACGCUGCAGUAUCUUAACAGACUGGGCAUUAAAUCAGAGCCUCUCUACAGGGUGGUGAGCAGCACCAUUGAGCCCAUCACACUCUUCCACAAAAUGGGAGUGGGUAAGCUGGACAUGUAUAUACUGAACCCUGUCAAAGACAGUAAAGAAAUGCAGUUUCUAAUGCAGAAAUGGGCUGGCAAUAGUAAAGCAAAGACUGGCAUCAUUCUUGCAAGUGGGAAAGAAGGUGAAAUUUCUGUUCCCUAUCUCACAUCUAUCACAGCCCUAGUGGUAUGGCUACCAGCCAGCCCAACAGAGAAAAUUGUAAGGGUUUUGUUUCCUGGAAAUGCUCCUCAAAAUAAAAUACUGGAAGGUCUUGAGAAACUCAAGCACCUGGAUUUUCUGAGGUACCCAGUGGCCACUCAGAAAGAUAUCACUUCUGGAAUACCUCCACCUGUGCUGAAGCAGACCAAAAUUAAACAAAGAACUGACAGUAAAGAGAGUCUUAAGUCUUCCCCCAAGCCAUCUGUGACAAAGCAAGUCAAGAAGGAAGAAGCAGUUGAGGAGGGGAUUAAGGAGGUAAAACCAGAAGUUGUAAAGGAUGCUAAAAUUGAGAAAAAGGUUAAAGAACACACAGAGAAAGUUCCUGAGAAACCUGUUAAACAUGAAAAGAUAAAGACAGAAACAAGUGAUGCUCUCAAAGCUGAGAAAAGAAAAUUGACAAAAGACAAGGUUGGAAAAAAGCAUCUCAAAGAGAAAGUAUCCAAAUUAGAGGAGAAGAAAGACAAAGAAAAGAAAGAUAUUAAGAAGGAGAAAAAGGACUUAAAAAAAGAUGAUGGAAAGAAAGAGGAGAAAAAAGAUUCAAAGAAAGAUGAUAAAAAGAAAGAAAACAAACCAGAGCUCAAAAAAAUUUCUAAACCAGACUUGAAACCAUUUACGCCAGAAGUAAGAAAAACAUUGUACAAGGCAAAACUUCCAGGCAGACUCAAAACUGAAAAGAUCAAAGUAAAACCUGAAAAAGAACCUGAAAAGGUACCUGCUGACCUCAAGACAUUACCAAUGGAGAAGGCACCUGUACAAGUGGACCCAGGAGAGACAUCCAUAGUGGAACAGAGGUUAGUCCUGUCUUCACCAGAAGAUCUUACAAAGGACUUUGAGGAACUGAAGCAUGAGGAGAGAGGGGCCUUGCAGGUGACUCAAGAACUGUCUGAUAUGGAGGCCAGUGACAAGAUUAUGAGAGCACCUAAAGCAGAUAUAAAAGACUCUGUUGAUAUGACUGGUCAGAGUAACCUUGAAGUGGAUCUGAUUUUAAAAAGAAGGACCCCUGAUCAGGGAGUAACUACUACUGAUAUGGGAAAAGAAUCAUCAGCAGAGGAAAUGGCAGUCCAUCAGUGGGAGCUGAGGAGAGGUCCUGCUGAAGAAAUAGAGGAUGGAAGAAAAACAUUACAUGAAAACCAUGAUAUAAGAUACUGGGAGGGAAAAGCUGAGCAGGGCAAGGACAUUCAGGUGUUUCCUGAGAAGGAACACCUGCUAUCACAUACAGACCUCUUGGCAAAGGGUGCUCGGCCACCAGUGUUCAGAGAGGAAGAAAAGGAGGAAGAGGAGAAAAUCUCUUUGGACAGAAAACAAAGGGAAGCAGAAACUUGUGAAAAGUAUAUUGAGGGGACAGACACACAGGAAGAGAAUGAGAAGGAAAAGAGAGAAGAUGUGAUAGAAAAGGCAGAACUGGAAGAAAAGGAAGAACAGCACAUGAAAGCAGGGGAGAAAGUAGAGAAGAAUAGAGAAUUCCGUGGGCUGAAACAGGAUGAUGGGGAGGACAAGCUGUUUACCAUUACAGAGAAAGAAAGAGAAUUUAGUUUCAUGGAUGAGAAAACCAAGUUACUUGGAAAAGACAUAACAAAGGAAGAGUCAUAUCUGAGCAGCCUGCAAGUCCCACCAGGAGCAACAGCAGAACAUGUCUCCUAUAUCCAAGAUGAAACUAUCCCCGGCUACUCAGAAACAGAGCAGACCAUUUCUGAUGAAGAAAUACAUGAUGAACAGGAAGAGAGGAUCCCACACCUGAAGUAUGAUGUCAAUGCCUAUAACAUUUCUGUUCCUGAUCAUCCGGGCUCUUUUGAAGCAGUACAUGGAAUACAGGCCAUACCUCCUGCCGAACUUUCAGCCAAGGGCUAUGCUGGGCAGGAGUCUGAAAUCCUGGCAUAUCCUACAAACAUUGUGGCAGCACCUCUAGCUGAGGAGGAACACAUAUCUUCUGCUACUUCCAUUACUGAAUGUGACAAGCUUUCAUCUUUUGCAACGUCAGUAGCAGAGGAUCAAUCUGUUGCAUCCAUUACAGCACCACAAACAGAAGAGACUGGGAAAAGCUCUUUACUUCUGGACACAGGAAACAGUAUGCCCUCCUCUAGGACUGAAGCGACCCAAGGUCUUGACUAUGUUCCCUCUGCUGGCACAAUUUCUCCCACAUCAUCCUUGGAGGAAGACAAAUGUUUUAAAUCUCCACCCCCUGAAGAUUUCCAUGCAUUAUCAGAAGGAGAGAGGAAACUGGAAACUCAAAAAAAGGACCUUCAGGAGGAGGUAGAAGAUGAAGAAGAUGAAGAAGAUGAAGAAGAUGGGACUCCAAAUAUUGAGAUGCCUGAGAAACUCAGAGGGCAUUACAAUGCCCCCGUGUUUGCUUCUCAAGGAUGCCCUGAUAACGUGAUAAUCAGUGUUCCCACACAGGUAAUGCCUUUAUCCACUGAAGAAGCACCAUUUUCCCAGGCUGACUCUGCAGAGGCUGAAGAACGGUGCAUGAGUCCUGAUGACAGCACAGUCAAAAUGGCCUCUCCCACUCCAUCUGGCCCCACCAGUGCAGGGCACACACCCUUCCACCAGUCUCCAGUGGAGGAAAAGCUGGAAACAGUAGAUUCAGAUCUAUUUGAAAGACAAACAGAUGUUGCUGCCAAGAAACUGGAAGGCCAAACCUCUGUUACAGUGAAGGGAGCCAAGGGUGAACCUCUCAGAGAAGAUGAGGCAUCUCUGGCUAAAUCCAGACAUGAAAGAGAAGAGCCUGGACCCGUGCAGCAUGAACUAGUUUUGAGCAGUGAUGUUCCAGUGUCUCCUGAGGAGGAGGUGCAGGAAGAACCCGUGAGGACGGAGGAGCUGCCCUGGCUCUCUUACCACAAGCAGGACACGGUGGUGAUGGGGGAGGACAAGGAGCAUCCCAGCACAAAACCAGAAAAAGAGCGAGGAACUAAAACCAUGACAGAAAGUUUAAUGGGAUUUCCAGAACACUUGUCCUUUGAGCCAUUUGCAACUACAGGAACUUCUCUAGGAAAUGUGGAUCUUCCACAGUUCACAAGCCAAAGCAAAUCUAAAAAUGAGAAAUCUUUGCAAUUUUCACCAGAUGGCAUCAAAUCACCUUCUUUUACAGAAGAAAGGAUUGGUAAAGAAAAAUCCUCAGAUAUUUCUAUGAGAGUUACUACUGAAGAAGGAAAGCUGCUACAUUUCACAGGGGACACCUCAGAAGAGAAAUCUUCUCAUGUUUCCAUUGAAGAUAUUUCCCCAGAAGAGGCCAAAUCCAUUUCUCUCACUGAGAGUUCCAGCAGGAAAAUCUCUUCAGAUGUUUUUAUUAAAGGAAUUUAUCCAGAAGGCAUCAAAGAUACUAGUUUCACAGAAGAGAUAACUGCAAAAGAAAAAACUAUGUCCAACUGCACUGACAAAUUCUCUUCAGAAGCUGUGAAAUCCAUGGGUUUCACAGACCAGAGCCCAGCUACAUAUGAAAAACCACUGGAAAUUUCUGCCAAAGAUCUGAAAGAAGCAGCAAAAUCUUUCCCUUGCCCAGAAAGUAGUUCAGUUAAAGACACGUCACCCAGAGAUUCUUCAACUGAAGAAAUAUCUCCAGAUGACAGCAGUUUAUUUUCUGCAUCAGAAAAGGGCCUGUUGAGGGGAAGAAAUGCAGGCUUGGACUCUCAGGAACCAUGCCCAGAUGCAAAGGGCUUACAUUUUACAAAAUCUAGCCCAAGUGAAGAUAAAACAUCUUCACCCAUUUCUACUGAAGGCAUGAAAUCUUGCAGGUUCAAGGAAGCUCAAGAAGAAAAAUCUCAAGAAAUGGAAAAGUUUUGCAUUAAAGAUUUAAGUUAUGAGAAAAAAGUGUGGUUUCCAGAAGAGGUAGAAGAGGUCCCUGUUCAGGGAAGGCGACAGAGAUAUGACAAAGAGAGGGAAAGUACAUUCUUGGAUGAGGUACCAGAAUUUGAAACAAAAUCUCUUCCAAAAAUGGGAACGGAGGAGAACAUGUCUCCUGCAGUGCCUGGCAGCUACACCUGGAGAGAAGCAGAAAGGGAAGCAUGGGGUUCUGCCUUUGGGUAUCUUCAGGAAGGGAAAGACAGUGGGAGAGGAGGACAAUUACCCAAUAAGGAGGAUGAGGAGCUCCAUGCUGAAGACAAACCCAUCCUGCUGCAAGCAGAAACUGAGUGUUUGAAGAUGGAGUCAUUUGAUUACAAAGAAGACACACAGAAGGGUGCCAAACCUACACCAGAAACAAAGAAAGUGGAUGUGAUUCCUACUGACAUCACUGUCCCAGAAAGAACACAAAGGGAAGGUUCUCCUCUGUCUCCUCAGUAUGUCCCUGGUGAGGAAAAUCAGGCCAAAGCUUUUACUGAAAACAAAAAAAGGCAAGAAUUGUUGUUGACCUCUAAACAAGAUUGCCCCUGCUUAGAUGAUGAGAAGAAAGCUGUCCUAGAUAUCUAUGCAAAGUCACUAGACCAAGUUCUGACAACAUCUCCCCUGUCUGCAGUGGGAAAGGAGAUUGAGGUACCACCAGGAGCAGAGAGGCCCUGCAAGUUAGAUCAGAGCAAGCCACUUUUGUGGGAGGAUGUCCCAUCGAAGACAGCUGAGAAGAAAUCAGACAUCAGUGAUUUGUAUCAGGAAAUAGAUUGCAAAUACAAGUCAGAUAGCAGGCAAGAGGAUGACUGCAAAUCCACUGAGGGUCUGUAUGACUCUACAGGAAGAAAAGAGCAGACAUCUGCUCUGUUGCAAUCUACGAGAGCAGCAGAAUAUAUUGCAGAGCCCACAGAAGGGACUGCUGAGCUGCCAGGGCAGUGUGCACAUUCCCCUUCAGGACAAGGCCCAUGUCAAAAAAGCAGUGAUGCUGUGGGCUGUGCUGGGGCUGUGGGUGCUACCAUCCGAGAAGUGUAUCAUCCAGAGACCCAUUCCAGGAGUUCCCCUGAGCCUUAUUCCUAUGAGGAAGGGAGAGAUGAUGACAGUUCCACAAGACAAGAGCCAGAAGAAAGAGAACCAACUCCCUACCCAGAUGAAAGAAGUUUCAAGUACGCUGACAUCUAUGAGAAGAUAAUUGUGUCUGGAGUGGGACCCUCCCCCUUCACAGCCAUGGGUGCACACAGCCCAGGUCAUACUGACAAGGUGCCAGUGACAGCACUGAACUCUCAAAAUAGUCAAAAUUUUCAUGUGUCUGCAAAGGAAGAAGAGUCCUGCCUUUAUACCUCUGCUGAGAAGGAACUGUCAUCUCCAGCAUCCCCUAAGGAUAAAGCAAAUUCAGUCUUUGAAUAUAGAGACAUUCAUGAAAGAUAUUUGCCCUUGUCUGAAACAGGGAAGCCUAGGACAUUGGAAGGACAAGAAAAACUGAAUAUGUCUUCUUCUUUGCCAGGAGAACUGGACACUGCACUGCACCCAUCAUCUGCGAGUGCAGCAUUUGCCUCUCCCACCAUCACAACAGACAGAUUUUAUCAAGGAAAAUCAUCCACCUAUAUUGAUGCUGGUUGUCCAGAUGAGAACAUAAUUUUGUCUAGCCAAAAGCUGGUAUCUUUGUCCCUGAAAUCUGAAAUCCCAAAUCCCAAAGAUACAUACUAUGAGAAAGCAGGUCAAGGAGAAGAAAGUGCAAGUGACUCAGAGAUAGAAAAAGGUGCUAAGGAGAAGUCUGAAAAAGAGUCUAAACUGCACAGCCCUGCUGAGGCUGCAGGCACCAUCUGUGCACCUAUCUCAACUAUCAGCAAGUUCCCUGUCUCAGACCCCUUCCUGCAGAGCAAAUGUCAGGAGCCCCUCUCACCCAGCUCCACUGCCUCUUCUCCCUCUGGUCCAUGCUGGCAAGAGGAAUAUGAAAGUAGGACAGCUGCAUCAGCUGCUGUUGUGGAAACAUAUGUUGCUGGUUACAGUGACAUGUCAGACAGGGACAGAGAUGAGCAAACUUCGGAAAUGUGCCAUGAUUCUUUACAAAAGAGAGAAGUUGCUGAAAAAUCCACAAAGGAAUCCCAUUUCUGGGUAGCAGAUUAUCCAAGUGCAGCAGUGGCCUCCAAGUGCCAAGAGCAAGCCGUAUACCUGAAAUCUGCUUCCAGCAAACAAACAGGGGUAUACGAACAAGGCCCGAGGGUGGAGAGCAGAGGGAUGGAUAGCUCUUCUGGAUUUGAGAGUUCCCUGCUAGGAAAGAGCGAAACAGCCAAUGCAUUCCGACAUAAGCAAACCUCAGCAAGCCCUUUAGGGGAUAUUUCUCUUUCUUUAGAGUCUCCUUGUGCUUUGCUUUCAGACCAGGGAAACAAAGAUGAGUAUUUAGAGGUUUCUGAGAAAAUCAGCAGCCUUGAUUCAUCUUUGCCUAAAUUCUCACCACUGAGUCCAUAUGAAGAAGACAAGGUGUACUCCAAAGGUGUGGAGAAAGAGUCUGUGACCCAGCAGCAGCUGAAAGAUGACUCUUCCAGCCUGUCGGAGGAACCUUCAUCUGAAGCCACCACUCCUGUGAUACUGACUACAGCAGAAAGUUUCUAUUCCCAUAUGCUUUCCACAUACACAGGUGGAGGAGUGGAAGCAGGUACUGGGAGUGCUUGGGAUGUGUCUCCACAGGUUCCAGAUAAUGCUGUGAAAAUACAUACAGCUGAAACCAAAGACAUUGUCUUUGCUGAAGAACAUGGGUCUCCAUUUCCCUGUGGCAUGGGUGACCACACCUUGCCAUGCAGAAAAGAAUGCCAGAGCUCAGAGCCCACACCAUUUUCUGCAGAGCAAGAGCAGCAGCACUGUGAUAGCAGCCCAGAGCAGAAGGCAGCAUUUGCAGAACAGCCAUUGCCACUGACAUCUCUCCCUCAUAUGUUGACAUCAUUUUCUCAUUGUCAGCACGAAGAUGAAACCACAGCCAAUGGUCCAACAGAGGUGAGCACCAGUCUGCCAGCUUUCCAAAGCACAUACCAUGCAACAGAGGCAAAAGAUGAAAAAAGAUGUCCUGAUUCUGACAGCAGUUUUUCUCCAUGUGCAGGCAAAGAGGAAACAGAGAGGCAAAUCCGUCCUUCUUCUCUGAUGUCCCCUGAAAACAGUUUCCAGACAUUUUUCCCAGAUGUGCAGCGGGGUGAAAAAACAGAGGACUGUGGAGAUGCUUCUCAUGACCUGGAGACCCAUUUAGUAGGCAGUUCUGAUUAUGGACAGAAAUUUUCCUCAUGUGAAUACAAGCAGAGAAAGGGAGAACUCUCUCCCUCAUUCAUCAACCCGAGCCCCCAUGAGCUCUCUGAAGACAGCGACCUCUCACAGGAGGAGGGUCACCCUUCAGUGCAGGGGAGACCACCCCACACUGGGAGCAGUCCCAUGCAAAGUGCCACAGUGGAGGAAACCCCUCCAACAUCAGUGAGUGAUUCUGGAACCUCCCAGUCAGACUCCGAUGUCCCGCCUGAGACUGAAGAAUGUCCAUCCAUCACAGCAGAUGCCAACAUGGACUCAGAUGAAGAUGCUGAUUUCCUCCCAGUGGACAAAGCUGUGGGGAAUGUUCAUCAUGCCAGUUCUAGGUCCAGCCACGAUCCUCAGCCUGUUCCAAUGGUAGAUCCCCAUCCCCACUCUCCUCACCCUGAUGUCUGCAUGGUAGAUCCUGAUAUAUUGUUAAAUGAGCAAAGCAUGAGCAGAACUGAUAAAAUUUCCAAGAAAGACAUAAAAGAAAAGAACAAAGGUGUGAGGAAGCCUUUAGGCAAACCCAAAUCUUCCUCACCUGUCCGGAAAUUAGAUGUAAAAGGAAAAAGAUCACCCACUCCUGUGAAACAGUCAUCAGACAAAUCUCCAAAAUCUGUCACUGCCAAAAAAGAAAGAGAUGGAGGAGAAAAGCCCAAACUACGUAGUGUGCUGAUGCCAGAGGAUGAGUUAUCCCGGAGUAGUCACAGCAACCCUGGCAAGAGCCUUGUUAAUGGCAUCAAAACAAAUCCUGCUUCCAAUAGUCCUAAGAGCAGUUUGUCUGUGCCUAUGGGUCCACCCGUCUAUGUGGACUUGGCCUACAUCCCCAACCACUGCAGUGGGAAGAACACAGAUCCAGAGUUCUUCAAGAAGGUUCGAGCAUCUUAUUAUGUUGUGAGUGGGAAUGAUGCAGCCAAUGGAGAGCCAAGCCGUGCAGUGUUGGAUGCACUUCUGGAAGGGAAGUCUCAGUGGGGAGAGAACCUGCAGGUGACAUUGAUCCCAACACAUGAUACUGAGGUAACACGAGAAUGGUAUCAACAGACCCAUGAAAAACAGCAGGAGCUAAACAUCAUGGUACUGGCAAGCAGCAGCACUGUUGUGAUGCAGGAUGAAUCCUUUCCAGCCUGUAAGAUUGAAUUCUAA